CAAAAUUAUAGCAUCCAAAAAGAGGGUGGUCACAAUCAAUCCUAUGGAAAAACAUUAGCUGUUACCAAAAACAUGAGCUACAUACCACAAUUUCACAUCUUCAUCAUCCUUUCUUAAAUCUCAUCAUUCUCCCCAUUUCAAAAGAUUUCAAAUCCAGGAUGAGUAGCCAACAGAUUAGUAGGCCACAAAAUUUGUUAGCAGUAGAUGAAGAGAUGGUAGAAACAAUAGAUUUAAAUGAAUCAGCAGGACAAGGCCAACAAGAAAGGGACAUUGAAGUGAUUCAUCAGAUUCACCAAUCGGGAAAACCGGCCACCACUGGUAGUUUGUUGACCGGCGCCGUGGUUUCUGUUGUUAACACCCUUCAAUCUGCCAAGGAAGCCAUCACCGGUGGUAAGAAGCAAUAGACCAAAUUCCUUACUAUCCAAGGAGUAAGGACACAUAAAAUAUGUUUCAAAAUUUGAACCCUUUUUUCUAUGGAGGGAACUAAGUAUACAUUGUAUACUAAUUUUUUGUUAAAACCAUGUCACAGUAAGACGUUUUAUAUUUUUCUUUGUUUAAAAAAGAUUGGUUGUUUGGUAUGAUUUCAUACGAAACGAGCUGUUCUUUAUAAGUUUUUAUAAUAUAUAUUACUUUAUACUUAAAAGAUGUAAUUAUAUAAAAUUAUAUUUAAUUAUUGUGAUUUUAUUGUUAGGAAUUACUAUAGGCAAAGGCCG